GCGAGAGGGGCGAAGGCACGCGGCUGCGUCGGAUCGACCGGAGAGGGGAGAGCGUCUAACGCGGCAGCGCGUGUCACGUGACCACCUCGUCUGCUGCUGCUGCUGCUGCUGCUGGCCGAGUGAAGCGUGUUAGCAGAUUUUUCUAUUUUGUACAUACAGAGUUUUGUAUAUACUGUAUAUGAUGAGCUCGCUGGGCGGCGACAAGGCCCGGGGCCCUCGGGAAAAAACGCUGCCCACUGCCACACAUGCCUCACAACCACAAAAACAGAUACAGGCUACAGCAGAGCAGAUCCGGCUUGCCCAGAUGAUUUACGACAAGAAUGAUGCUGACUUUGAGGACAAAGUAAACCAGCUGAUGGAAGUGACAGGGAAGAAUCAGGAUGAGUGCAUGGUAGCACUGCAUGACUGUAACGAGGACGUCAACAGAGCCAUCAACUUUCUUCUAGAGAGCACCUCUGACACAACCUCGUGGGAGACAGUAGGUAAGAAGAAGCCUAUGGUGAAGGAAGGCGCAUCGGAGAGCAAAGAGAACAAGGAAAAUAGGGAGAAGAAAGGAGAGAGGGAGGGCAGUAAGGGCCGUGGGGGUGCAAACCGUAGGGGCAAAGGGGCCAGCCGCAACCGACAGGCACGUCCAGAGGAGAAUGGCGUGGAGGUGAUACCAGUGGACAGGGGUUCAGAGCGAGGCCGGAAAGGCAGAGGUGGUAGAGGAUCUGGAGGUCGAGGCAGGGGCCGAGCAUCAGCAGGAAGCAGGUUCUCAGCCCAAGGAAUGGGGACCUUCAACCCAGCGGACUACACUACAGAGGCUGGGACGGGGACCACACAGACAGAGGUCUGGGAAACGGGGGCCAACAACAGUACAGAUGGGACAGUUGCCUGGAGGCAUACCCUAGAAGACUGGGCAGCUGAGGACUGGAGCGAGGAUCUCUCAGAGACCAAAGUGUUUACCUCCUCAUGUGCACCUGCUGCUGAGAACCACGUUACACCUGGGCAAAGUCUGGACUUAGCCUCUCUGCUGCAGAAGCCUGUGGGUGGAGGAAGAGACGCAGCCACCUCUUCCUCUCAGGGCCUGGUCUUUACCAAUUCCCAUCAUCACCAGCAGCAGCAGCAGCACCCUGGCCGCAAUGGCACAGGCAGCACAAGCUACGCACACGCUGCCUUGUCGUCAGUGCUGGGAGCUGGUUUUGGGGAACUGGGUCAGUCCAAGAGGAAUCAGUCCAGUGCUGGAGCUCAGAUCCUUGAGCAGCUGAAGGGACCUGGCUUGGGCCCACUUCCCACCUCCCAGGCUGCCCCUCCUGCUGGCACCCAGGGGGGCAGCACCACCAUUUGUCGAUUACCUGGCCUGGGAGCCCCUUUACCCCCAACUGCCACCUCAACCUGGGACAUGAAAGCUUCAGAACCCAGCACCUCCUCGCUUACCUCUCAGUUUAGCCGGGAGUUUGGUCUGCAGCCAGAACCUUCUCUGGUGCUGAGUCAGCUGGUCCAGAGGCAUGCUGGUCCUUCCCUGCCCCUAGCACGCCAACCCAGCCCUCCAACACAACCACCGCUACAACAAGCACCUCCUACUUCUGCCUCGCCUGCCCUCCAAGCAAGCACGCAGGCCCAGGGGGGGCAGCUAAUGGUUACUGGUAAUGCCAAGCCUCCUGCCCCCAGUGCAGGGCUGGAUGCCCAGGGCAGCAGUACGCCACAGCAGCAACGGGCACAACUCAAGGGCCAGAAACGGAGGAUACCUCCUACAUCUAAAAUCCCUUCUACAGCAGUGGAAAUGCCAGGCUCAGCUGAUGUUCCUGGUCUAAACCUCCAGUUUGGGGCACUGGAUUUCGGCUCAGAAUCAGCCUUACCAGACUUUGGCACAGUGGACAACUGUGUCAGUGGACCAUCAAGGGAGUCCACACCGGCCCCUGCCCCAGUACCACCUGCACCAGGACCAGGAGCACAGAACCAGGCCAGCUUGUACUCCAAACCUCUCAGUGAUUCAUUGGGCAGCCCUCUCUCCCUCCCCAUGCCUCUGCCCCUGUCCUCUUCGGAACCAGUCUACCCUGCUCCAUCAGUGGCCCUACCCAGCCUCACCCCCUCCACAGUGGGUUCUGCCAGCUCUGCCAAUCCUCCCCCCUCCUCCUCUACCACCUCAUCAUCAUCAUCAUCAUCCUCUGUCCCCGCCUCCUCCUCUCCAUUCUCUUCAGUGGGGGGUAAUUACGAUGGAGGCAUACCCCCUGCUUCACGGUUGGCCUUCUCCCAGAGCAAAGAUGCCUCUGGGCCAGUCAUGAAUGGUCUGAAUAGCGUGAGGACCUCUGCUUCACUAGACACUUCAUCAGCAUCCUCCACGCCUAAGCCAGAGUCGCCAUCUCUGAGCAUCAGCACCAACAGUGCCCCGGCCCCUUCCUCCCACCUGCCCUCCUCCUUACCUGCACACAGCUCUACAACACUCUCCAGUCUGGCACAGGACCUCCCCUCAGUCAGCCAGCUCACCACACUUAACAGCCAUGCGAGCAGUCAUUCCUCAGUUUCAGCUCUGGGCUCCAGCUCCCUCACUUACACCAGUGUGGACAGCAGCAGCGUGAAUUCUCUUGCUCCUUCUUCUGGAUCGUACUCCUCAUCACAGGCCUCAGCCCCAUCGCUUCACGCAACCCACAACAGCAAUAGUAGCAGCAGCAUUAGCCACUUGUCCGGCAUGACCAACAUGGGCAGCAAUAUGAGCAGCACAGUGAGCGGCAUGGCUGCCACAACGGGGCUACACUUUGCUGCCGCCGCUGCCGUCACCAGCACAGCUUUGGGACUCAGCUCCAAUGGAGCUAAUGCCGCCUCCAACCUCUCAGCACCCAGGACCACAGCGCUGCUUUCAUCUUCCACUGGUAAAGCUCCUCCCAACCUGUCCCAGGGUGUACCUCCUCUAUUGCCUAACCAGUAUAUAAUGGGCCCAGGGGGACUGCUGCCAGCAUACCCACAGAUAUAUGGCUAUGAGGACCUCCACAUGCUCCAGUCCAGACUACCAAUGCCCUCUUUGCAAGAUUACUAUGGAAUCACAUUCCCUGGCCCCACAGCUACUCUUUCUGGAAGGGACGGGAGCCUUGCCAACAACCCCUACUCAGGUGAAGUCACAAAGUUUGGCAGGAAUGACUCCACCUCCCCAGCACCCCCAACAAGCCUGUCAGCCCCCCAGCCCCCCCAGGGCCAGAGUCAAGGACAGAGCCAGGCCCAGCCCCAACCUCCCCAGGCCCAGCCCCAACCCCAGGGCCAGCCGCAGCACCACAGCAGUCAACAGGCCUUCCUGCCUCCAGGCUACAGCUACACAGGAUUGCCCUAUUACCCUGGAGUGCCUGGUGCUGUUCCCAGUGCCGCUGCCUUCCAAUAUGGCCCUACCAUGUUUGUUCCACCUGGGGGCCCAGGGCCAGCCUCAGCCAAGCAGCACGGUAUGGGUCUGGGUCUUGGCAAUCCUUCUGCCAGCCCCUUUCAGCAGCAGACCCAACAGCAGCCCAGUGGCUAUGGCCAGCACACCUUCAGCUCAGGGUAUGAGGAGCUGACAGCAGGGCCUGCAGGAGUGGACUACAGUAAAGGCUACAACAAUUCCUCACAGGCACAGGCCAAAUCUGCUGCUACUGGCCCUGGAAAAGGCGUCUCUGUGACUUCGAGUAACUCGGGUGUGCCAGACAUCAGUGGAAGUGUUUACAAUAAGACCCAGUCCUUUGAUAAGCAGGGUUUCCAUGCAGGGACCCCCCCUCCCUUCAGCCUACCAUCAGCGCUGGGGGGUCCAGGGCCUCUCAACCCUGGAGGAGCCCCUGGGGGCUAUGCCCCAGCCCCCUUCCUCCACAUCCUGCCUCACCAGCAACCACAUUCACAGCUGCUGCACCACCAUCUGGCUCAGGAUGGACAGGGUGGUCCCAGCCAGCGUGGCCAGUCCAGCAGCAUGCAGCAGAAGAGCCAGGUUAACAAGUCCAGCUAUGGCAGCUCUCCCUAUUGGGCCAACUGAGAUAGUCAUGUCUGUGGUAAAGUGU